UUUAAAAUUAUUUUAAUAUUAAAAAUAAUAAUGUAAUUUUGAAUGGAUAAUUUUGUACUACCAUCCGGAUUUAUUUUUAGUGUUUACUUGGAUUAUUAUAUUAAAUUUGAUAACAAUAAUGACUAAUGACAGUUUUUCAGAAAAAGAAAAUGAGCCUGUAACAAAGUCUGAUACAGUUUUAACAAUCAGCAGUGACAGCUCAAUCGGUGGUUCCCCAGCAAAAAAGCGUCAAAAACGCCCUCCGAAAAAUUCCACCAAACCAUCCCGCAUAAUCGCCUUGGACACCGACAGCGAGGAUGACUUUGAGCCACUGAAGCCUCUAUUAAAUUCCCAAGAAUCCCUCAAAAGCUCCCCCAGAAUGUCGGCUCCUAAAAAAUUCAGCCCCAAAAAGCAAUCAAGUUUAACCCGACCAGGGUCUCAACCUUCAACCCGCCCCGGGUCUCAAUCUUCAGCCAGCCCUACCAGCCCCCGCCCGAAUUGGCGCGGGCCCGAUUUCAAGCUCAACUUGAGCCCCUUGGGAGUAAACGAAGACAUGAAAGCCUGGAUAAAAUCCAAGGAAAAAGCAGAAGUAAUGUCCCAAUCCCCAAAGUUAGAAUUCGAGCUGCACUUGCAUUUAAACCAGUUAAACACUCACUACAUCGACAUCCAGGAAAAGAUGCUUUCCGUUUACGAUAAAAUCCCUUUAGAAAUCCUCGAGAAAUUCCCUCAGUUCGACAGUAGCAUCUUUAGCACCCUUAAAUCCCUACGCCAACACGUUAGAGCUAAGCGAUUAUUAACCGAAAAGAAGCUCCGCAGCGCAAGUAGUCCCUCCGGAUCUUCCCCAACUCCUACUAAAAAUUCAUCAGCUAACAAAUCUCCUCCAAGCUCAGAAAUAAGCUCAGAAGCUUCUAAAAAGCGUCCUUUGGAUUUAGACAGUAGCUUGGAACAAUUUGGAACCCCAGAAGCUUCAGGAAGCUCUAAAUUCCAAGUAAAACGCCCAGUAAAGUCAAUUUUACCCGAAAAUGCCAGUUCAGAACCUUUAAGCUCCCCAAUAAAGCAAAAUUUGGCGCCAAAAACAAAUUCUAUGGACUUUAGCUCCCCAAUAAAGCCUCUAAAGCAAAAUUUGGCGCCCAAAACAAUAUUUAUGGACUUUAGCGACCCAGAAGACUCAGAAGAGCCUGUAAUUAAGCCAGUAUCCAAAUUCCAGGUUAAAAAGCCUAUAAAAGCAAUCUUAUCUGAAGUUAACAACAGUUUACCUGCUAAAGAAGCCCCAGUAAGCGUUUCUAGCCAAUCUAACCACCCAAUAAGCUUUAACGAGCCUUUUUCUAAGCCCAAAUCAGUCUAUGUAGACUUUAGCGACCCAGAAGACCUAGAAGAGGUCCAAAAAACGCCCAAAGAAGUGAAUUUAGACCCCCCAAUAGAAGAAUUUGACCUAACCCACUUUGAAGAAAGCUUCGACGAACCUUCAUCACUUUCCAAUCGUUCUAUAACCCAAGAACUAGAAGCGUUACCCACAUUGGGCUUUAACAGUCAAGAGACUACCUUUAGAAACAACUUCAAAGCAAUGUUCGAGGCGCCUCCGCCUCCAACCGGAAAAUUUAUGGGAGAUAUCCAAAAUGCGGGACUUACAAAAGAAUUCGAUCAUGAAUUUCCGCACUCGGAAGAAUUAAAGAAGUUAUUUAGGACUAAAUUUGGAUUGAUAAGCUUCCGUCCAAAUCAGCUACAGGUUAUGAACGCAGCUAUGACUGGGCAUGAUUGUUUUGUGCUAAUGCCAACAGGUGGCGGUAAGUCCUUGUGCUACCAAUUGCCGGCAUUGUUGGGUUCUGGGGUAACUAUUGUGGUUUCGCCGUUAAAGAGCUUGGUGUUAGAUCAGGUUCACAAAUUGAAUUCGUUGGAUAUCAAAUCAGCGCAUUUAUUGGGUGAUGUUUCCGAUGCGGAAGCUAACGCAGUUUAUAGAGAUUUGAACAAAGAUUCACCCAGUUUGAAGCUUCUGUAUGUAACUCCGGAAAAAUUGUCGUCUAGUACGAAAUUUUUGGAUGUUUUAAAGAGGAUGUAUCAAAAGGGAUUGUUGGAAAGGUUUGUUAUUGAUGAAGCGCACUGUGUUUCACAAUGGGGACAUGAUUUCCGACCGGAUUAUAGGAAGUUAAGCUUUUUGAGGAAGUCUUUUCCUAAAGUUGGGAUGAUGGCGCUUACUGCCACUGCUACGCCAACUGUUAGAACGGAUAUUUCGAUUAGAUUGAGCUUGAACAAUCCCAAGUACUUUUUUACCAGCUUUAACAGGCCUAAUUUGAAGUACACCGUGAUUGAAAAGAAGGGAAGAAAUUGUUACGCUGAAGUUGCAGCGCUGAUUAAAGAAAAGUAUUCUGGAGAAUGCGGAAUUGUUUAUUGCUUCUCCAGGAAGGAUUGCGAUGAUUAUGCUGAUCAUCUGAGGAUGAAUGGAAUCAAAGCGGGAAGCUAUCAUGCUGGGUUGACGGACAAACAGAGAACUGAGUCGCAAAUGAAGUGGAUUAGGGAAGACACUAAGGUUGUUUGUGCUACUAUUGCUUUUGGCAUGGGCAUUGAUAAGGCUAAUGUUAGAUUUGUCUUUCAUGCGACGAUUCCCAAAAGUAUUGAAGGGUAUUAUCAAGAAAGUGGAAGGGCGGGAAGGGAUCAGGAAAAUGCGGAUUGUAUUCUGUUUUAUAAUUAUUCGGAUACUAUUAAAUUGAAGAAUAUGAUGAUGGCUGAUCAGAGCUCGAGGGAUGCAAUGCAAAAUCAUUUGGAUAAUUUGGCCAAGAUGAUUUCCUUUUGUGAAAAUAAAACUGAUUGUAGGAGGGUGCUGCAAUUGAGGUACUUUGGGGAGAUUUUUGAUAGGAAAUUUUGUAUUAGUAAUCAAGCUACUACUUGUGAUAAUUGUCGGAAUAAGGAGAAUUUUAUUAUGGCGGAUAUGACUGAAGAUGCAAGAGCUAUUGUACGCGCUGUAAGGGAUAUUAUUCAAGCAAGGAAGUGUAAUUUGACUUUGAUUUAUCUGAUGGAGGUUCUUAAAGGAUGUGAUUUAAAAAAAAUACGAGAAUCAGGUAUGAAUCGCGAUGUUUUAUUCGGAAGAUUCAAAGCAUGGAACAAAAGUGACAUAGAUCGUUUUUUGCAUCAAUUAGUAUUUGAAAACUAUCUAUCAGAAGACCUUCAGAAUAUCAAAGAAAUAGUAGUCGCUUAUGUAAAACUUGGAGAACGUGCUAAAGUUUUAAUGACCACCGAAGUCAAGGUGAUGUUCCCAACAAGACUGGAGACCAACAACAGAUUGACAGUAACAGUGUCAUCAGCAACAAAGCCCGACAACAAAGCCUUGAAAGAACUUCAAGACCGGUGCUACGCAGAGCUGAUGCGUGACAUAACUGGCAUAGCAGAAGCCCUGGACAUCCCGGCUGCAAGUAUAAUGAGCAACAUUGCAGUCCGUGCGAUGAGCCAGCAGUUGCCGGCUACUAAAGAAGAAAUGCUGAAGAUCCCCCACGUGACAGAAGCGAAUUACAACAAGUACGGUAAAGUAUUGCUGCAAAUAACCGAGCGGUUCGCUGCGGAGAAAGUCGCGAUGGAAAUGGAGGCAAAGGAGAUGGAGGAGGAGGCAAAUCUUGGGCUUGACCAGGAGGAAGAUUGGCUUGAUACUGGGUCCAUUGGUGGGUCAAGCGGCGCUAGUUCUUACAGAGGGUUCCGCGGUCGAGGUAAAAAACGUUUCGGUACUAGUAAAAAAGGUAGCAAUCCAAAACGUACUAAAUAUUCUGGGUCAUCUUACUCUAAUUCUCCAUCUGGGUCCAAUCAAUCCAAGGCCAACGCCGCAAGUAAGAGUUCACGUGGACGUAGACAAGCUAGUGGACGAGGACGAGGACAAACUAGUGGUCAAGGACGGAAUUUAGGGCUUGUUGAUUUUACUCAGAAAAAAGAAUUUAUUGCAGAUCCGUUGAGAUAUUCUGGUUUAGGACUUUAAAUGGUUUAGUUGUUUAGUUUUGAGUUUAAGAGUUCAACUAUUUAUUUAAUAAGUUAAUCAGAUUAAUAAAGAUUUUUAAUAUUAUUCUAU